AUGCUCAGCAGCAGCACCCGAACGAGCUCACCACCCUCAGCCAGCCCACCAAACUCAGCCAUCCAGCCCCAGGCCAGCAGCUCCGAAACACCCAGCUCACCCAGGACAAACCUCAGCUCAUCAGCCAGAGCCUGCUCACCAGCGACCACCGAUCGAACCAGCCUGCCGAUCGACCACAGCAUCCUCUUCGGCACACCCUCAUCCACAACCGAUCAGUCAUCAGACCGGCCCCCGAGCAGCACCAUGUCCCCGAGAGAUGCCGAUCAGCCCCAGUCGACCAGCAGACAGAGACUGCCCUCGUUCAACUUCACCCCGGAUGACGAAAGCAUCGAAGAACUACUGAAAACACUGGGAUACAGCCCAGGACAGUCCAGAGCAAACUCACUCGCCCUCAGAAACCACCCCCGGACCGAUCCCACCCACCAACGCGAAGCCGAAUCCCGCGCACCGUUGGUCAUGCUGGACAUCGAUGGCCAAGAAUUCUCGGUCCAUGAACAUUCCCUAAGCCCUGUUUCUGAGCGCACCGAACUCGAUACCGAGUCCUCAAAGACGAACAGCAGCAAACGGCGGCCAUUGGUCCAGAGCGUGCUCUCCCAUAGAUUCCAGUCUGGCAUCCAGUCCACAGCUCCACUCACUCUUUCACCCAAGCCAAAACAUCUCUCACCAUCCCCAUCCAGCCCUCGUCCAUCAUCCACCUCAUCUCUACCAGCCGGUUCCAAGCAGAUCGACCAUCCCAGUCACUUCAGCCAACCCGUAUACCAAAACAGGCCCACCUCCUUCGGAAACCACUCUCCAAACUCUCUCAGUCCUGUUUACAACACCAAGUCAACCCAUCUCCUCUCCUCGCCACCCGCCCCAGGAAACAGCAGUCUUGGCCACCCCUCCCUCAACCGACUACCCAAAAAGACUUCACAGCUCAUCCAACUCUUCGAAAACACGACCAACCGAUCUCCAUCAAACAUACCCACCUCCACCCCUCCCAACAAACUGCAUCCCAUCAAUCGGAUCCAAUCUUCUCCGAAUUCAAGAGUACCACCCGAAAACCAUCUUCGCGCAAAAUCUCCUCAAGCACCAGUCCCCCCAACCCAAACAAGAGAAGCUUCAAACUUCAAUCUCACCGAUCACCUCGCAGGCAGAUCAAACUCCCCACAGAUCAAAACCUCAGUACCACAUUCACCAGCCGCGGGAUCAAUCGAAAGUCUGAAUUCACCAGCAUCACUCGGACCGAGUAUGACAGAACAAGAGUGCUUGCGGUUGCGGAAAGAGCGUCGAGAGCGGAUAGCGAUGGCCUCCAAAAUUCAUGCAGCAGCUUCCCGGACAAAAGUUGAUAGUCAACCAGCGUACUUGGAGCCCCCAAGUCCAAUGUCCGAUCAGUUCCUCAAGCAUCGCAAAUCAGUAGCAUCUUCGAUCACGUCAAGGAUAAGCGACGUUCAAGUCCUCCAUUCCGGUGCGAUCUGGUAUCGGAAUCCACAGACGAAUCAGUGGAGACAGACCCGAGGGAUCCUGACGACAGAGGCCGUCUAUCUGAUGAAUGAGAAUGGCGAGGUCGAUCAAAACUCACCCGAUCAAGCCAUCGAGCUCAGACUCGGUGGCUGUAUAUCCGUCGAAAGUGUCAGAAGCAAACGCUCCUACGGCCCCGAUUUUGAUGAACCUCAUCUCCAUAUCCUCAGAAUCGCCUGGGCCGAGUUCGAUCCUCGCUCAAAUUCUCGCACCGAAUAUGAGGAAUUCCUGGGUUGCAGUCGGGCUACCCAGCGUGCUGACUGGGUAGGGGCAAUUUGGCAGGCUGCUCACGAUCUAGGUGGAUUUGUCGACCAGCCUGAUAUACCCCUCCGAGGCAAUCCGUCUCCUCCGAAGUCUGGCCAACCCAAUAAUCAACUCGCAACCAGUCAACCGGCUCCUGAAACCGGUCAACCUAAUAUUCCUGCCCUAGCUCUGCCGCCUCAGCAGGAAUGCAGCCCCAGACUGGAUCCGGUCUCGCUCGUGGACCGUGCAAUUUCAGUUGGUCCUAUCGAAACUCGCCAACUUCAGCCUUCUUCGCCGGCUCAACUCCAACCGCCUCCGUCCUCUGCAGUCAGCAGUCGAACAUCUGAAGCUUCUACUGGCACGACUAACUUGCAAAGUGAACUAGAUCGUGACUUGGUUGCCUUUCAACAGGCUCCAAACCCUCAAACCCAUUCACCCGCUUACCACUUGUAUUCCGAAGAAACUGGGCCCAGAGUGCAAGAAAAUUACAACGAAAUCAGUGAACUAGAUCGUAAUUACCCAAUCAAUCCCAAUCUGGAGCAAAACUACAUGCGGCCUCGAUCACCUGAACUGGAUAUCUUUGCAAUGCUGGAUAGGAUGAGUGUCAAGGGCUCAAUUCACCGAAACACGGCGGAGUUUUACGACCCUCCCAAGCCCGAUUCCCCCAAACCGCAACAAGCUCAGGAUAUGCACGUUCCCCAACCGAUCGGUAGCAGCGGCCAAGCAAACAUAACAGCGCUUGAAGAAACUGCAGCUCAGAGUCACCGCAGCCCUUCGCGCCAUUCGUAUCAUACCAUCCGACCGACAUCUGCCACCGGAGUUCACGAGCAACUGCUCGAUUCACCCCGCUCAUCAGCAGUUGGGUCACGGUCCAGUCAUAAGGAGCAUCUUUCAGAGGUCAGGUCCACGACUCAACCCACACACGCCAGCCAGAAUGGACAUUUGAGUGUGACGCCCUCUCUCACCAACCAGCGACCGUCUGGCUCGAGCCCUCGCGAGCCUACAACUGCACGGCAAGCAAGAGGGGCCUGGUCAGAUACGGAUCGAUUAUCUAAUCAAACUGAUAAUAUCCUCUCGGGAUCCAACCCGGCUCGAGCAGUACAGAGAGAUUUGCGCAGGAUUCUGAAGACUAUCGAGCGCAAUGAUUCUUACCGGGCUGCUGAAUCAGACUCAUUGGGCCAUUACCUCGAUAGCAUUCAAAAUCAGCUCCAAAACGUCGCGGUUAAGCUCCGUGGUCACCAGGCCGAACGUGAACCCAAUUAUCCCGUGAAGGAGAGCGAUGAACCCACGAUAGCAGAUAAGGUAGACUACAUGCUGAGUCUGUGUAACAUUUUGCUCGAGAGUCAACACAAGGUCUCUAGUGCAGUUGAGAAAAACCUGCAAGCUCACGGUGUUAGCAUCAGCGGUCGAUCAGCCCACACGCGAUCUAUGACAUCGAAUGCAAAUCCCAGUCGGCGUUCCUCGCGUGUGCCCACCGAACCCGGGAUGCCAAGGCCAGCGCCACUGACGCCUCAGCCUGAGGGUAGUUUAGAUACCGAUCGGAUACCUUCAACCGAUCGGCUCGACUCACCGCCCCUGCCGCCCCUUCCUGAGGCGAAUGGAGGUGAAGAGUCUAUCCCCAAUAUUCAAGAAGACCCCUCCGAAAGUCCCACCGAGCUACCGCCCCCAGUAGCAAUCCAGGAAGCUGGCCUGAGUCGGAUCGAAAACUUGUUGGUCGAACUACUCUCUCGAGUGGAUGAGUCCGCCCAACGACAGCAGAAAGAACCACCGCCUGCGGUACCUGACAAGGAUCCCGGCGGCGAUGGACAGUCCACUCGCUCAGCUCGAUCGCAUGUCGGCACUGAGAGUGAGACGCUGGAUUUGGACGCCGAUGUGGCCCUCUGGAAGUCGAGGGGCAACGGUGUCUCUGCCAGCCAUCCUGCGGGCUCGUGGAAUCAUGACUUGAGACGUCGACUUGGACAGAGCGUCACCAGCCACACGGCUAGUGUCUACCCUCCUACCGAAGCAGAAACUCCCUCGUCUUCGGACCAACCUGCUCCGCAAGUGAUUCCAGAUUAUAACCUCGCUUAUGAGGCGGAGGAACAAGUGGCGCGCCGGAUUGCAGAUGAACGUGCUCGGGCUGCUCGAAGGCUCGAGGGAGUCUCGACGCCAUUCGGCUAUCGACAAUCGAUCGGCCAAGGAUAUCCUGCAUCCGUCAAACCUCGAGUGCCCAGUCAUCUCUCUCAGCCAGCUCCCACGGUCCCUCCUAAUCAAGACCAACAAGCCGAUGAUCCCUACUUGCGCUCUGCUCAGAAUGACCCUCGUCUGUCCCGCCCUGAUCUUGAACAAAGUCAUUGGUCUUCUACCACGCCCACGGCUGAGGAACCGGAUGAUUCUGCGCCGCCACCGCCGCCUCCGAAAGAUGACCAAUUCGUGUCUCAGCCUCCAAGUCAACCAGCUCUUUCAGUCCGCACACCCAGUCGAGUUGCCUCCAGAGCGAUCUCACACCAGUCCACUGCACGCCCUCUUUCAGUCGUUUCCAGUCAGCCAGCUCCCAUCCCUGCUCCCCCUCCGGUAUCAACAGAGGAACUGCGGAAUGUUGUCAAUGAAGCUCUGCAACACCAUUCCACUGAGCAGGCGCCUGUCCUCGAAGAGGUCGUAACCUUGUUGCGCACUCAGGAUCAAGUCAAUCAGGCCUCAGUUCUUAAUCAAGCAGAAGUGUCGAGGUAUUUGACACAACUGAAUACACAUCUAGAGGGAGUACUUCAUAAAAAGAAUGACGAGAUCCUACAGAUCGGAGAGAAUGUUGGACGGCUAGAGAAACAGUUGGCUGUCCUAGUCGAGCAGUCGCAAGAAAUUUCAGCCGUUAUCCCCCUCAUGAAGUCGGCCGCCUCUACCUCAGCACCGCCGCCCGAACAAGCCCCGACCUCGAUUGAUCAGCCCGAUGAGGCUUUCAGCAGAAACAUGGAUGCUGAGCCUCCCACCGAGCCCCAGAUGGAUGUCGAUCCCGGGCCCGAUGGCCCUGUUGACGUGUCCGUUCAUCCGCAAGAGGGUGACCAGUUGGAUGCCCCCUUGGAGGAUGGAGAACCCCACGUUACGCUGAUGAGCAAGAAGCCCUCGGUUGGGUAUCGGAUCACCGGCCCACGGGCACGAAAGAUCAGCUUCAGCAACAAAGGCCUCAAGGGACCCCGGAUGCCUUCGGGGCUUGCGACAAUGGGCAAGCUGUGGGGCGGGCCUGUGCCGGCGGCCGACCGGGCCUCCCGAUGGGGCACCGCCGCCGGCGGAUCUCUUAAGCGCGUGCCCACUAAGUCCAGUCAUGUCUCUGAGAAUCCCGCGGCCGUCGAGGCCGCUCUCUCGGCCGUCAAUCCUGACGACCCCGUCGGGCAGGAAGCGCUCAGUCAGAUGGACAACAUCGAUGAUGAUAGGGCUGGUACCAUCGCAUUAGGGGUCUCGCACAUCUUGAAGUUCUUGAGAGAGAAUACCGAGAAGGAGGAGCUUCGCCGGCAGAAGAAGGAGGAGGAAAAGGCCGCCAAGCCCCAGCCUGCUAUCCCUGAUGAGAUGGAACAACGCAGGGCGAAGAUCGAGGAGCUGCAGCUGAGGCGAGAAGCGACUCUGGCGGAAGAUAAAGCAAAACAUAUGGAGGCGAUGAUGCAAGCAAUGAAACAACAAGCGGCCGAGCAUGACCGACUGUUGAAGAAGAUCUCAGAGGAACUCGAGGCCAAGAACUCCCAGCUCCAUCCCGAGGUGGAGGAAGAAGAGCGCAAGAAACGAUACGACGACGCGAUGGCGGAUGUGAAUAACGUGUUGACUACCGUUGAGAGCGGGGUGAUGGCCCAUCUUGAAGACUUUAAAGCCCAGAUGCUGAACGAGAUGAAACAGACGUUUGAGAAAGUGGGCGAGUUGCGCGAACAGAAGCAGCAGAUCCAAGCCGACAUCGCGGACAUGUUAUCAUACAUGAGCAAAGUACGAGGCGGCGGGCCGGACCCUCGAUGGCAGUACCCGAGUCCGGUGCCGAGUCUGGCGGGGGGCCCGGAGGGCUCGACGGUCGGCGGCCCCGCCGGCACGCCCGUCGGCCCUUACGCCCACCUCUCGCCCAUCCCCGAGAGCUAUCCCAGCCCCCAUACCGACUUGCCCGAGCGCGACGGCACCGAGGCCGGCGUCGCGCGCAGCGUCGUCGGCUUCGGGCCUCGCUCGCCCGGCAGACGCUGA